AUGUCCUUCGCCGGUGUAUCUGUCAUCGCCAACGGCGAGCUCCUCGGCGAUGGCGUCGGAGGCCACCGGUGGCGCAUCUUGUACCACCGCGUGAGGGACAGCGGCAGCGACAGCAACAGCGAUCACGACAGCUACAGCGAUGGCGACAGAUACAGCGACUACGACAGCGACAGUGACAGCGGCAGUGACAGCGACAACAUAGUACUUCGUCUUCGAUUACGCCGUGGAGCUCCCGUGAAGGCAGAGGUUAAUUUCACAUUCGUUGGAACCGAAAACCAAGAUAGUCCUGUGUUUAUUAGUGGUAGCAAAAUAAUGAAUUUCAGAAAAAGAGGAGACUCCUGUCGUGAGAAAAUCACAGGUGAGGAAUUGGAGGAACACCUGAUGCGUGACUGUUUCACCGUCCGAUGCGACAUAGUGAUCAUCAACACUGGCGCCACCACCACCACUUCUUCUCCGGUAAUCACGAUGCCGCCGUCAGACAUGCAACAGAAUUUCAUCGACCUGCUCCGGGCCGGCGAGGGCACAGACGUGGUCUUCCAGGUCGGCACUGAGACCAUAGCCGCUCACCGCUGCGUCCUCGCGGCCCGGUCGUCCGUCUUCAGGGCGGCCCUCUUUGGCCCCAUGACGGAAGGCUCCUCGAUGAUCCCUGUUGUGCAGAUAGAGGACAUGGACGCGGCUGUUUUCCAGGCAAUGCUAAGUUUUAUCUACGGCGACACGCUGCCGGCGUUGAAGGAUGAGAUCAAGGACAUGGAUGUCGCGUUGCUGCAGCACCUGCUCGUGGCAGCGGACAGGUACGACCUCAGGAGACUGAUUUUGAUGUGCGAGAGGAAGCUGUGUGAGCACAUCAACGUUGGCACGGUUACGAGCAACCUGGCUGAGCAGCAUGGCUGCGACGAGCUGAAGAAUGCAUGCUGUGCAUUCCUCCGCUAUCCGGACAACCUGAUGGCGGCGGUGGACACCCACGGCUUUGAUGAUCGGAGCUGCCCCCCUGUUAUGAAGGAGAUGAUCCUUCGCAUGCUGCCGUCCAAGUAA